GCGGCCACCGCGCUCGGGCUACCCAAUGCGCGCACUACCUGCCGCCGCUGCGCGAGCAAUAUGCUGGAGCUCCAGCGCAGCUGAACGGAGUCGCCACACCGCUGCCGGAGCUGGAUCGCAGCGCUGCCUUUCCUUAUGAAGAAGACACAAACUUGGAUUAUCACUUGCAUUUAUCUUCAACUGCUCCUAUUUAAUCCUCUCGUCAAAACUAAAGGAGUCUGCAAGCAUCACAUCACUGAUGAUGUGAAAGACGUUACAAAAUUGGUGGCAAAUCUUCCGAAAGACUACAAGAUAGCCCUCAACUAUGUUCCUGGGAUGGACAUUUUGCCUAGUCAUUGUUGGAUAAGUGAGAUGGUGAGACAGUUGACAUUCAGCUUGACUGAUCUUCUGAGCAAGUUUUCAAGUAUUUCUGAAGGCUUGAGCAAUUAUUAUAUCAUAGACAAACUUGUGAAGAUAGUGGAUGACCUGGUGCUGUGUGUGGAUGAAAACUUAUCUACAAAUGUAAUAAAAGGAUCUAAGAACCCAGAACCCAGGCUAUUUACUCCGGAAGAAUUCUUUAGAAUUUUUAAUAGAUCCAUAGAUGCCAUCAAGGACUUUUCAAAGACUUCUGAAAUUAGCGACUGUGCGCUUUCUUCAACAUUAAGUCCUGCGAAAGAUUCCAGGGUCAGUGUCACAAAACCAUUUAUGUUACCCCCUGUUGCAGCCAGCUCUCUUAGGAAUGACAGCAGUAGCAGUAAUAGGAAGGCCGACGAGUCCCUUGGAGACUCCAACCUACAAUGGGCAGCCAUGGCACUGCCAGCGUUCUUCUCUCUUGUAAUCGGAUUUGCUUUUGGAGCCUUCUAUUGGAAGAAGAAACAACCAAACCUUACAAGGACAGUUGAAAACAUACAAAACAGUGAAGACGAAAAUGAGAUCAGUAUGUUGCAAGAAAAAGAGAGAGAGUUUCAAGAAGUGUAAUUGUGGCUUGUUUCAACACUGUUAUUUUCGUACAUUGGCGGGUAACAGUUCAUGUUUGCUUCAUAAAUGAAGCAGCUUAACACAAACUCAUAUUCCGUCUGAGUGACAGACCACAUCUGUAUCUGUUCCUGCGACCCAUGACUCUGUAAGGAUGAUGCAGCAAUUGGAACAAAGUGUUUUACUGUGAAACGGGCUUGGAAUUAAUCAUCUGUCAAGAAAAGAAAAGCUUGCAUGGAGCAGGACUCUAUUUUCAGGACCUGGAGGACUUGUGGUCUCACGCAGGACUUGGGACUGACUUUGGGAAAGAAAGCAGGCAUCCUUGACUGCACCCACCAUUUGCAUGCCUCCAGAAAUGUCCCGUUGUUGACACAACACCUAGCUUUAUUUUCCCGUUACAGCCUACAGCCAUAGUUAGCCUGGCCUCUGCAAGUAGAUUUCAGCCUGGGUAGUGGGGGGUAACGUUUUGUUCUGUUUCUUGGUUUUUAUUUUUCUCAACAGGAUCUAGAAAAAAACACAUCAAAAGCAGAGCAGCAAUUCAAUUGCACCAGCCGCUGCACGGUAUAGAAAGCAGUGGGAGCAAAGUGAUAGGCGUAGGCAGCACGUCGCUGCUGACUAAUGAUAUAGGUCUGAUUAUGAUCUCUUCCUAGUAUAAACCAUGCUCAUCCGUAUCUCAGUAUCUCACUAGACAGAUCGCCAUGGCUGGUUCUAGCCAUGUAGGGCAGCCAGCGGUGAACUUCACCAGUGACGCCUUGCAGGAGCAGCUCGCCACAAACUGAACCCAUAAAGAAGCUUUGAACACAGCAACAGAACCGUCUCGCGAGUGGGACACGGGGCAUCCCUGGGGAAGUCUGCUUUUCCCUUUGACCACUAGAGCAUGUAUAAAUCAUGUUUGCAAACUAUAGUACAAAAUGUUUUUGUUCUAAAGCUAUUUACAGAGUUGUGGUGAGGGGACUUAGGAGAAGAUGCUGAAUGUAUGAAGGUCCCAUUUUAAAUUUCCACUGUGGGAGAGGGUUAAACUAAAUUAUGAUAUUUCAUAUCUAAGGUUAGAAAACCACACCCACAUGCUUUAUAUUAUUGGGGUGUUGAAACACUAGGUUACUUGGCUUUUAAAGAACACAAGGAUUAUGGAAACUUUAGCUAUUUAUAGUAUAAUCACCAUUAUCUGUUUAAAGGAUCCAUUUAUUUAAAAAUCAGGCACUCUAUUGUAUUCAUUAAGAUUUAUGAAUGACAAAGAGAAAUUGAAAGAGCGCUUUAUGUAGUUAUGCAUGUCGGUGUGCUGUUUAAAAUGUUUUGCAUAUUAAGACAAUUUGCCAGGAACUCCCAAGAUGGACAGUGCAUUUUUAAACUAGAAUUCUUAAGCAAUUAGGCCAAUUUCCCUUGCCAAGUUUUUUAUUUUACUUUGUUUUGUUUUAUAGUCAAAGAAACAUCUGACUAAAGUCCAAGGAUACUUUCUUAUGAUUUAUUGAGAUGAAGGUUCUUUUCGCAUACCACGAGCAGAUGCAUGACGAAUUCAAAGCUUUCCAAUCUCAUUUGAUCUUGUGACACUGUUGCCAUCUGUCUGACCGUUCUCUAUGGAGUGAUACACAAAGGUGUAAAAACUAAGUGCUAGCCUUCCUUGAUUUCAAAAGUCCAAAUAUUUCUGGUAUGUUGGAUUGAAGCUUAUAUUCCAAGGUAAUUAAAAUAUAACUCUGGCAAGUGGCCUUUCCUUUUUGGUGUGUGCCAACUAGCCCAGACGAUUUCUGUAGGCUCUUCCUUCUCCGAAGUGCUGAGGUUCCUCAAACAGUAGUUAUUUCUCCAGAUACAAUCCAGAUACAUUGAGAAGCUGCAUUAACUUGUUGAGACCCUUAGAUAUCUCUUGGCACAGCUGGUUACUAGUCAAGCCAGACCACACUUUAGUUGCUGAAGGAACUGUUUGUGAGUGUGUGCCUCUGUUUGGGGGAAAGUGAACACAGGUUAACAUGAGCUGUGUGUAUACGUCAUGGUUACCUGAGUUGCUUCUUCUCAAUUAAAUGGUUUGAUUUAUUUAACCAAUGUUUUCUAAUAUCUUGGGCAUAUAGAAAUGCUGUUUGGUAAGCCUGAGUACUAAAUUGUACUUGAUGUUUUCAAAGCUUGUAGCUGGAUUUUAGCAUUCAAGAACACGGUCCUUAUCAAUAGGAUUAAGUGAAUAAACUUGGCAAGUAUGAAAUCUGGCAUUGUAGAGAAAGGACUGUGUGUUCUGAUUAAUUAAAUGUAUUGGUUCAUUGAGAGUUACAUGGAUUAUUAAGUUCUGAAACACUAAAAGUUCAAUAAAAUGCAUGAAGAAUAGAAAAUAAUACUGGACAUUAAUAUUUUGAAUGUUAGCUGCAUGGGCAUUAACUGUGUCAUAUCUACUUGGGUAUAUAUAUGACAUACAUAAAUGUCAUAUAGAUACAUAUAUAUAUAAAUUUAUCUCGUGUAUGUCCUCCUUUGUGAAUUACAGGCAACGCACAACUGAGCAUCAUAAACCAUGACAUCAUCUUGUCCUUUCUUGUAAUGUUUCCAAAUUGCUUCUUUGAAUGAUCUCAGAAGCUCUGCCAAUUCUAUAUUACAUUGACAGGUUUGCAGAAUAUUUUUGAUUCCUCAAUUCUCCUUAAUAAAAUGGUUCUCUUCAGUAAAACUCAAGUCUAUCAAGAGACUGGUUCCAUGAUCAAUUACACGGAAGCAUUCCUGGAUAGGAUAAUCUAAUGUGCUUACCACAUGGCCAUUUUUUAAUGAGUCAGAGACAAAUUGAUUUUUUUCAAUACUAUAGUAGAACAAGUAAUCUAUCCUUCUAAAAUGAAAAUGUAAGUCUAUAAAGAAGUGUUUGCUUUUAGUCAGAAUUAAGCACAUUUCAUUAAGCAUUAAAUACUUUGAAGUGCCUUUGUGGCACACUUUAGUACCCUAAUUAAUUCAGUUAAAGUUUUUUUGUUGUUGUUUUCUCUUUCUUUUUAAAAAAGUUUUAAAUUAACAGAAAAUCCCUUCAGAAAUUACAGUUUUUCUUAAUGUUCUUCUGCAGCUAAAUUUUGGUUACUAAAUUUUAUUUUCGUAUGUAGCUUUUAGUUAUCCCAUAUCUAUUCUUUAAGAAAGUUUUGUUUUGUUUUGUUUUUCUCCAGAAGGGCAGUCUGGCAUAGUGGGGUGAAUAUUGGAUGGAAUGGUCAGUAGCCACCACUUUGCCAUUAACUAAUCAUCUCUUAGCCUUGAAAUUAACUUUUUUUAAAAAUCUGCAUGGCGAGCUCUAAGUUGGAAUCAACUUGAUGGCGGUGGAUUUGGUGAAUUGGUGCACUGUGAGGUCACGCCUUAAUCUGAAACCAAUCCCUUUAUAUCUAACAAAGUUCUCAAGACCUGAAACUGACCCAUACAAAACAUUCAGCUCUCCCCUCUGUGAAGAAGUAGCUUAACUAUAAAAAUUUAUUGCUAAGGGGCAGGGCUGGUCAGAGGGGGCGUGUCCAGAGGGCGGGACUUCCUGCCUUCAUUUUUAAAAAGUCAUUGCUGUUCUUGUUUCUAAUGUAAAUAGGGUCAAUUAGUAAAAGUGAAUUCAGUCUCAAGUAGCAUGAAUUGGAUGCUCAUUUAUAAGAGAGAUGACUUUUUCCUUUGCUUAAAUAAAUGUUUCGGAUCACCUCUGAAAAAUGAAAACCAGUAGAACAUUUUUGUCAAGAGAUACUAUGUGUGUAAUAUUUGGAAAUAUACCAAGUUAAGCAUUUAAAUGCCUUCAUUUUAUUAAAAGCUAAGAGCAGGAAAAUGUAACAUGCUUCUAAAGUUUUUAAAUGUCAGGAAUAUUUUAGAAUCAAUUUGGAAAGGGAUAAUCCAUAAAUUAUGUUUUAAAAUUGGAAAACUGAAUAAGAAGUUUAAAGUAAACCAGCUUCUCUUUGAAACAUCAUUAUUUGAAAAUGAUUUUAAGGCACGAACAUUUUCAUUGAAAUUCUAACUAGAUCACCGGUGGUGUUUGGACACACAAUACAUGGUCUUGCUUUUUUCCUCCAGUAAGAUGGGUAUUUUAUAAAGAAAAUAAUGGUACUUUUAUAAAAUUACAAGUUAUCUCAGAAAUAAGCCUUAUUAAAAUGGAUAUUCAUGAUCCUCAAAUAUUUACUAAGCAUUGUAAAUUUGUAACUGCCAUCUCCAACUACAUCUUUAUGAUGUCAUUUUAAAAAUAAAAUGAAGAUAAUUACCUAAAUUAAAAAACAUGAUAUUCUAAGUUAUUUGGUUUCGGAGCUUACAAGGCUCACUAAAUACAAGUUUUCUAAUAAAAAUAGCCUAUUCUCCUGUGUUCUAAUGUGUGAGUAUAGUGUCCACUUGCCACUAUUUUUUGAAAUCAAUGGACUUGAAAAGUAUUCAGAUAUUUAGAUGGAUGCACAGAUAAUAUUGGUAGUUGAGUCAUAGAUUGCAGUUUGCAUAUUGUAAUGUAAAUGUAUGUCAACACUCUUCUAAAUAGUUUUAUUAUGAUUGAAGUUUAAUUAAAUAAGAAAAGGUUGUAAAAUGUGAUGUGUAUGUGUAUAUACUGUAUGUGUACUUUUUAAAAUAGCUAUAUGUCCUGAUCCUUUUUUUAUACAGGUUUGAAUUUGAAAUUACAUUAUAUAUACAUAUACUUUAUUGUUCUAAAUAAAGAAUUUUAUGCACUCUC